AACGUUUCAACGUCAUUUUAGAGACCCCGCCCGCUCGCGCUGCCACGCGACCCAAACUGCAAACACCGAACCGUUUCCCGCGCUCUGCCUCACUGUCCGGACUCCAGCGGCGUCACGACAAGAACCCGCCAACAUGGCAGGAAUCAUAGAUGUCCCCAAACCGAGAGUGAACUGCUCCAUGUUGUCGCAGCACACCAACAGACCCGUGUGCUUCGUAGGACGCGUCGAAAAGGUUCACCCAACAGGAAGGACGUUCACCGUGUCGGAUGGAGAAGGGAAGGUUGCCACAGUCGAGCUAAACGACCCCCUUGAAGAAGAGCUGAGCGGCAUUGUGGAGUUGAUCGGUAUGGUGUCCAACAAAGGAGGAAUAAUGGCCACAACAUACAACUUGCUGCGAGAGGACAAGGGCAUCCCCUUUGAUCUGGAGCUCUACAAUGAAGCCCUGAAGGUCGUCCAUGAUUUCCCUCAGCACUACCCUUUUGUUGUGGCUUCCAGUGGAUGAGCGUGCACAUUUAAAGAUUUGUUCUCUGAAGUUGUUAGUUUUUGUGUCUAGUUUCUGUUCUCAGAAUAAGAUUUUCUCUAAUUUGUAAUAUUAAAUACGAUUUUUUUACAAUAAAAUUGAAACCCUGAAAGAA